CGCUCCGGGAUGUCCUUCCCGCAGCUGGGCUACCCGCAGUACCUCAGCGCCAGCCAGGCCGUCUACGGCAGCGGCGACCGGCCCGGGGUGCUGGCCGCCGCCGCCGCAGCAGCCGCCGCCGCCGCCGCCGCCUCGGGACGCCCGUCCGGCGCCGAGCUGGGCAGCGGCCCCACCGCCGCCGUCACCUCGGUGCUGGGCAUGUACGCCGCCGCCGCCGCCGCCGGGCCCUACGGCGCGCCCAACUACAGCGCCUUCCUGCCCUACGCCGCCGCCGACCUCAGCCUCUUCUCGCAGGUGGGUUCCCAGUAUGAACUGAAGGACAACCCAGGAGUCCACCCGGCCACUUUUGGUGCUCACACCACUCCUGGUUAUUAUCCAUACGGGCAGUUCCAAUAUGGCGACCCAGGAAGGCCCAAGAACGCAACCCGGGAGAGCACCAGCACCUUAAAAGCCUGGCUGAACGAACACCGCAAGAACCCCUACCCGACCAAGGGCGAGAAGAUCAUGUUGGCCAUCAUCACCAAGAUGACCCUCACGCAGGUCUCCACCUGGUUCGCCAACGCCCGGCGGCGCCUCAAGAAGGAGAACAAGGUCACUUGGGGAUCGAGGAGCAAAGACCAGGAGGACGGGAAUCUCUUUGGAAGCGAUAAUGAGGGGGAUGCUGAGAAGAACGAAGACGAUGAAGAGAUAGACCUGGAAAGUAUCGACAUUGACAAAAUCGACGAGAAUGACGGGGAGCAGAGUAACGAGGAAGAGGAAGAGAAGGUGGAGCUUCUAAGGCAACACGAAGAGGAACAUUUGGAGAAAGAGAAGGCCUUGCCACUGUCUGGGCCUGAAGGACUUAAACCCAAAGAGGCCCUGUCCCUGGUGAAGGAGGUCUCAGACAACCCCACCCGGAUCCUGAGCCCCAACAGACAAAGCAACCUACAAGGCCCACCUCACCACAAACCCAAGAUUUGGUCCUUGGCAGAGACUGCAACGAGCCCAGAUGGGGCGCCCAACAAGUCAACGCCUCCUUCGCCUCCUGCCCAGGUCAACCACACCUCCCCGCAGCUCCAGCACCCAGCUUUCCUCCCCAGCCAUGGACUUUACACCUGCCAGAUUGGCAAGUUUCAUAACUGGACUAACGGGCCAUUCCUCACCCAGAGCUCUUUGUUAAAUGUGAGGUCCUUUUUGGGAGUUAACCAUCACCACACCGCACAUCACAACCACCAUCUCCAGGCCCAGCCGCAGCCCUCCGUGUUAACAGUGCUCAGCACCGAAAAGCCAGUGGAAAGGACCAGCCCCAAACACAUAGAAAGAGAAAAUAUCCCGAGGACCAACUCUCCGCCUCAACCGUUAAAAUCCCCCUUUCAAGCCAUCCGGGACAACUCCUUGACUCAGCAAGAAGGAACAUCCUGAAUUUUAACAACUCCUCCUUCUGCUUGAUUAAUUUUUUUUUGGUGGAAAAAAUUUCACAGACUAUUCUAAAGGAGAAAAAAAAAUGGAAACGCUCUUAAACGACUCCCAUCAAUCUCGUUUUUGCAAUAAGGUGGUACCAAUUCAUUUUU